AUGUCAUUCAUAGCCAAGUUCAUGAGUGGUGGCGGUGCUACAGCAGCCGCUACAGCAACAACGCGGUCAGUCGCGAAGGACAGAUUAAGCGUGAUUCUGGCAUCUCAAAGAGGAUCCGAGUUGCUGGAAAAAGUCAACAUGGAGGACUUGCAAAGGGAUGUUUUGAAGGUGGUCGAGCGCCAUAUCCAGAUUGCCAAGAACCGACCAGUGCAAUUCUCGGUUAAUGCUGAAGGUGAAAAUCAAGUAUUUGAGAUGAGCGUAGAGCUAGCAGUAGCGCGGAGGUCGACCGCGCCAAGACAAGCUGCAUAA